AAUCUUGAAAGCACCCAAUUCCCCAAAUCAUAAAAGCAUCCUUCAGAACACGUUUUGAAUCUGUAUUUUCUUAAAGGAAACUGUGUGAUCGAUGUUGUAAAUCUUACAAUAUAAAGAAAAUCAAGAGAUUCAGUUCUUCGAAGUGACAACGUUGUUGGAAAACAUGGUGUGCUUUUGUUUUCUUGUGGAUCAGACAAAGAAAGUGAAGCGGAGCAAGCCGGUGGCAGGGUCGUGCUCGCGGUGCGGCGGCGGCGCCAGCGUGGCAGACAUGAUUACUCAAACUAGAUUUUGCUUUGUUCCUUUCUAUUGGAAAUCUUGGAAGGCUAUUAUGUGCACUUUCUGUGGAGCCAUGCUCAAGUCUUACAGAUGACAAAUUACUUGCAAACAAGGUUUUAAAUUGCAUUCGCGAUUAAUUAGGUUUCUUUGUAUUUCUUGAUAUCGUAAGAAAUUACAGAUAAAUAUAACCUACGCGGCCAUAAUUGCAAUUGUGUUCU